AUGACGACAGUAACGAUUCCGGGAUCUUUGGUGAAUAAACGAAAGAAACAUUUCAUGGGCAUGCCAGCCCCGGCAGGGUAUGUGGCUGGUGUGGGUCGUGGUGCUACCGGAUUUACGACUCGAUCGGAUAUUGGUCCCGCUCGAGAUAGCACCGAUAUGCCAGAGCUUCCACCAGCUGGACCGGUUAAGAAACCUCGUGAAGAUGACGAAGAUAAGAAAGAGGACACAGAGGAUCUGAAUGAUGCCAAUUAUGAUGAGUUCGAAGGAUAUGGUGGAAGUUUGUUUGCAAAAGAUCCGUACGAUAAAGAUGACGAAGAAGCGGAUGAAAUUUACAAUGCGGUUGAUAUGCGGCUCGAUGAACGACGCAAAGAAUACAGAGAGAAGAAGUAUAAAGAAGCGAUUGAAAAAUAUCGUAAGGAACGUCCAAAAAUUCAACAAGAAUUCUCCGAUUUGAAGCGACAGUUAUCGAAUGUUAGCGAAGCCGAAUGGUCAGCAAUUCCAGAGGUUGGUGAUGCGAGGAAUAAGGCUAAACGGAAUCCACGAACUGAAAAGUUGACCCCAGUACCAGAUUCUUUAUUAGCGUCGGCAAUAAGUUACGGUCAGGUCAGUUCACAACUGGAUACAAGAAUACAGUCUGGUUUAUUAACACCAAUGGGAUCGGGACUUACGUCGACUCUGGGUGGGAUGGCAUCAACAUUCGGUGGUGGUUAUAUGAGUACUCUUGGUGGCUUGAAUUCUGGCCUUUUAACGCCCGGGUGGAAGACCGGGAUAAGCAGUACGAGAUCGUCAUCGAAUGCAGAUUUGGAUUUGCGUAAAAUUGGACAAGCGAGGAAUGCAAUUAUGGACAUUAAACUCAAUCAGGUGUCAGAUUCGGUGACUGGUCAGACCGUCGUUGAUCCCAAAGGAUAUCUAACUGAUCUGCAGUCGAUGAUUCCACAAUACGGAGGCGAUAUCAACGAUAUUAAAAAGGCCAGAUUACUGCUGAAAUCGGUUCGAGAAACCAAUCCGAGACAUCCACCUGCUUGGAUUGCAUCCGCUCGCUUAGAGGAGGUGGUCGGUAAAUUGCAGUUGGCAAGGAAUCUGAUAAUGGAAGGUUGUGAUCGUAAUCCUAAAAGUGAAGAUCUCUGGCUGGAGUCCGUUCGGCUUCAUCCACCGGAAACUGCAAAAUCUAUCGUUGCCAACGCGGUUCGUGCAUUGCCAAAUUCUGUGCGGAUUUGGAUGAAAGCAGCAGAAGUGGAAGAAGAUAUGAAAGGUAGACGAAAGGUGUUCCGUAAAGCACUCGAACAAAUCCCAACCUCCGUGCGAUUAUGGAAGGCAGCUAUUGAGCUUGAAGAACCGGAUGAUGCCAGAAUACUGCUCACUAGAGCUGUUGAAUGUUGCAGCACGUCCACCGAACUUUGGUUGGCACUGGCUCGAUUGGAGACGUAUGAGAAUGCAAGAAAGGUUUUGAACAAAGCAAGAGAACACAUUCCAACAGAUCGACAGAUUUGGAUAAGUGCAGCAAGACUUGAAGAGACGAGAGGUCAAAGUGAUAUGGUUGAUAGAAUCAUUGAGAGGGCGAUCACUUCGCUACGUGCCAAUAUGGUUGAAAUCAAUCGAGAACAUUGGCUGAAAGACGCUGUGGAUGCUGAGAAGGCGAAUUGCAAGCUUACGUCGUAUGCAAUUAUAUCGCAUGUUCUGGCCAUUGGUGUUGAAGAAGAAGAUCGUAAGCAUACGUGGAUGGAGGAUGCUGAAUCGUUCAUCGCGCAAGAGGCAUUCGAAUGUGCUCGUUCAGUGUACAGACACGCACUCAGUGUGUUCCCUACCAAAAAAAGUCUUUGGUUUGCUGCAGCCGAUUUUGAGCGAAAUCAUGGAACCAAAGAAAGUUACGAGGAGUUGUUGAAGAAUGCAGUGGAUAAAUGUCCAAAAGCCGAGACGUUGUGGUUGAUGUUUGCGAAAAGUAAAUGGAUGAACGGCGAUGUGAAAUCAUCACGUGAAAUUUUGGCACGGGCAUUCCAGAAUAAUCCAAACUCAGAAGAGAUUUGGAUGGCUGCCGUUAAACUGGAAUCUGAAAAUAACGAAUAUCAACGAGCUAGGAAGCUGCUCGAAAAGGCACGUGAGAUCGCACCUUCACCUCGUAUAUUCCUCAAGUCUGUUAGACUUGAAUGGUGCUUAGGUGAUCUGGAAGCAGCAAAACGUUUACUGUUGGACGCAUUAGAUCGUUAUCCGGAUACGGCAAAGCUUUAUCUGAUGAUGGGGCAAAUACUCUCUCAGGAGAAGAAUUUCAAUGAAGCACGACGUUACUUUUCCGAGGGAGUGAAGCGAUGUCCGUCAAAUAUUCCAUUAUGGAUUUGGUUGAGUCGACUGGAAGAAUCCCAAGAGCAAAUCAUAAAGGCUCGAUCUGAUCUUGAACGGGCGCGUUUACAGAAUCCAAAAAACCCCGAACUGUGGCUCGAAUCGGUAAGGAUCGAAUCGCGUGCGGGUCUCAAGGAACUGGCUCAUGAACGUCUCGCGAGAGCACUUCAAGAGUGCGAGCAUUCAGGUCUGCUGUGGGCAGAGGCAAUAUUCAUGGAAGAGCGUCAUGGCAGACGUACAAAGUCGGUGGAUGCUCUGAAGAAAUGUGAACAUAAUGCUGAUGUGCUAUUGGCGGUUGCUAAAUUGUUUUGGACUGAGCGAAAAGUACGAAAAGCGCGAGAGUGGUUCCAAAGAACCGUUAAAAUAGACCCAGACUUUGGUGAUGCUUGGGCUUAUUUCUACAAAUUCGAAUUAAUUCAUGGCACUCCGGAGGAGCAAGAGCAUGUGAAAAAGAAGUGUGUACAGGCCGAACCCCGACACGGAGAACGUUGGCAACAAGUAUCGAAGGAUGUGGAAAAUUGGCGGAAAAGGACGGAAGAAAUUCUUGCAGAACUCGCCACUCAGUUGGAAAUUCCAAGAUAA